CGCUCACUCCCCGCACGUGAGAACUGCCAAGACGAUGGAAAUAAUUGUGGGGCUCGAGCGUCGAGAUCUGAACUUUUUUGAUGCGACAUCACCGACUCCUCCGAGUCCACACCGUAUACCGAGCACCUAGACAGCUCUCCGUAAGUACAGCGGCGAAUGUCUGGCGGUUUAGCAUCAGUGCCAUAAACCCGCGAAGCACGUCAAUAACCCACGAUGGCACCACGGGCCAGCUCUCCCGCGCUCUCGGAGAACGAGUACGAUAUUUCCAACGCCCUGUUUAACGACCUCGAUGCUUUCAAUAGCAACAAUAGAGCCCGGAAGAGCCGUGCCGGGCAGGUCACCGACCUCGGAAAAGAGCUAGAGCUGGGAGGACUCGAGUCCGGCGACUCUGGUGACGAGGAAUUCAUUGCUGCUCAACAAGCAGCCUCAAAUCGGAAGUCCUCCAGCUUGAAAGGCAAUACAGUGAAGAAAGGUGGAGGAUUUCAAGCCAUGGGCCUCAAUCCAAAGCUCCUCAAAGCUAUCGCACGGAAGGGUUUCCAGAUUCCCACACCGAUUCAGCGGAAAAUUGUUCCUUUGAUUUUAGACGGCCAAGACGUCGUUGGCAUGGCUCGCACCGGGUCUGGCAAGACGGCUGCCUUUGUGAUGCCAUUGAUCGACAAACUAAGAGGCCAUUCUGCCAAAGUUGGCGCGAGAGCCAUUGUAAUGUCGCCUUCAAGAGAGCUUGCACUUCAGACACUCAAAGUUAUCAAGGACUUGGGCCGUGGAACAGAUCUCAGAACUAUAUUGUUGGUGGGAGGAGAGUCUCUGGAGGAUCAGUUCACCUCCAUGGCCACUAACCCCGACGUAAUUAUUGCCACACCAGGACGACUGCUACAUCUCAAGGUAGAGAUGCAGCUCGACCUUAGCUCCGUCCGAUACAUGGUAUUUGAUGAAGCCGACCGACUCUUCGAAAUGGGUUUCGCUGCGCAGCUCGCAGAAAUCCUCCACGCCCUACCGACCUCUCGACAAACAUUGCUGUUCUCUGCUACGCUUCCUAAAUCCUUGGUCGAAUUCGCGAGGGCCGGUCUCCAGGAGCCCAAGCUGAUUCGCCUUGAUGCCGAGAGUAAAAUCUCCCCGAAUCUCGAGAGUGUGUUCUUUACGGUUAAGAGUGCCGAGAAGGAUGGAGCACUUCUGCACAUACUUCAAGACAUCAUCAAGUUACCUACAGGGCAGACAGCUUCAAAGUCGAGAGAAGCUGCUGUGGCUACGGGAAAGAAAAGGAAGCGGGCUCAUGAGGGCACAAAUGCGAAAGACUCUCCCACAGAACAUUCGACAAUUGUUUUCGCCUCUACAAAGCAUCAUGUAGAAUACCUCGCCGCACUGUUGCGUUCGUUGGGAUACGCUACGUCGUACGUGUACGGGUCUCUUGACCAAAUGGCUCGAUCUCAGGCAGUCCAGGACUUUCGGUCAGGCAUUACGUCUAUCCUAGUCACCACAGAUGUUGCUGCAAGAGGUAUCGACAUCCCAGUGUUAGCCAAUGUCAUCAACUUCGAUUUUCCCCCUCAACCAAAGAUUUACGUCCAUCGUGUCGGCCGUACGGCAAGAGCAGGGCUGAAGGGCUGGAGCUACAGUCUCGUAGGAGAUGCUGAAGCCCCUUACCUUCUUGACCUUCAGCUCUUUCUGUCUCGACGGCUGGUGCUUGGGCGGGAAGCUACUGCAGACUUCAGCUUCGCCCAAGAUAUCGUCGUAGGUACACUCGUGCGUGAUAGGCUCGAGAGCGCUUGCGAAGCGGUGGCAAAACGUCGAAACGAGGAUCUAGACUUGUUGUCGCUGCACGACGUGGCUGCAAAAGGCUUCAAACUCUACAAAAGUACGCGCAACGCUGCGUCCACGCAGAGCGUGAAGAGAGCCAAGGUAUUAGUUUCUUCCGGGAAACUCUCGGAAGUCAACUUGCUCUUUGCGGAUGACAUUUCCUCUGUUCAAUUGGAAAGAGAAAAUAUGUUGGCGAAAGUAAGCGGGUUUCGGCCGCUCGAGACUGUGUUUGAGCUCGGGAAGCGUUCCGGGGGGGGUGGCGAAGCAGCCGAAGUCAUGCGCAAGACACGACAGCAUUUGGAACAUCGGCGCCACCGAUCCAACAAUGGUCCCACAAUCGCCGCUCCAAUCGACCAUGCCGCUCCUAGCUUGAUUCAGAACGUCGACAAGAAGGAGAUCGCCGUACAGGAGAUGGCGCAGUCAGAUCCGGAUACCGAUGCAGAUUCAGAUGAGAUGGAGGUUUUCCUUUCUCAGCCGGCAUCAGGUGAUGUGACCAAAGACGGCUGGGAGGAUGCCGAGCAUUUCAUGUCAUACGCCCCGAAAUCUACGAAUCUGGCCGAAGAUCGUGGAUACUCGGUCCACUCCCAUCAGCCCUCAUUCGUGGAGGCCGCCCGGGGCGCUACGAUGGAUCUCAAUAAUGAUGACAGCGCCAUCGGCCAGGGCAGCAAGGCCCGCAUGCGCUGGGACAAGAAAAGCAAAAAGUAUGUAGCCACGUCCAACGACACUGACGGAUCCAAGGGUACCCGGAUGGUACGAGGCGAGAGCGGUAUGAAGAUUGCGGCGAGUUUCCGCAGCGGGCGCUUUGACAAGUGGAGAAAAUCGAACAAAGUCGGCCGCCUGCCACGCAUAGGCGAGUUGGAGUCGGCGAGCACAUCUGCGCCUCGCGAUACCGGACGGCGGUUCAAGCACAAGUCAGAAAAAGCACCUAAAGAGGCGGACAAGUACAGAGACGAUUAUCACGUGAGGAAGCAGAGGGUGCAGGAAGCCAAGGAGAAGCGGGUUGGCAAAUUCAGAGACGGUGGUGCCAAGAACGAGCUGCGAGGCGUCGAGGAUGUCCGGAAGCAGCGCAAGUUGAAGGAGAGGCGCAAGGAGAAGAAUGCCCGGCCGUCCAAGAAGAGAAAGAUUUGAGGCGUCGUCCGCUUUAGGCGUGGGCGAGCGGUGGGACGGAGCCGGUAGACGGUAUAACAGGGCGACAGAGUGCACGCAAGGGCCGGCGACGAGCACUAUUGUCUGGGUGCGCAAU